AUGUGCCGCAUCCAAACCUACCACUUCACCACCUGCCGCCACACCCACACCGUCCGCCUCUCCCACUGCAACACCAACAUCAAAAUCAAGUACCCCUCCUCCCGCGUCCGAGCUGCAGAUGAAGAGGACUACGAGCUCAGCAUCGCCUGCCGCGGCGGCACUUCGGAACUCUACCACGCCAUCGCUGGUUUUUGCGACAACUGCUUCCGCGUCGAGGCUGAGGCCCAGCUGCUGGCGGUGUUUCUCUACGACCUCGCGCUGCUUGAAGACCACCCGGACCGCAUCAAGGCGCAGCAUGAGUUUGAGAAGGCGCUGAGCGAACUCGACCGCAUUCUCCCAAGCGGCCCGCUGAGGAAGCGCGCCCCAGCGCCGUCGAAGUCGUACAUCGAAUUGCACAAAGUCCCAAGAAAGCAGAGCCUAAUGCGCCGUGAAGUGCUGCGCAGCGACGUCAGGGGCUUCGAGCACGAAGGGUUCGAGAUGGACUACUCGCCCGGGGCCUGGGGGGCUGAGGUGCAGAAGAUAGCUCAGGGGUUUGUUGAAGAAGAGAGUGAGGAGUGGAUGCCGAGCAAGUUUAAGAACAAGAAGGGGGUGGUGUAUCAGGCGGCUGAGUGGGGUGGUGAUGAGAAGAGUGGUGAUGAGGGGUGGGGUGGGUCUUCGACUUCGAGCGGUGGUGAUGAUGAGGGCUGGGAUUCGGGGUCGACGUCUGACUCCAACACUACCGACGACGACGAGGGAAGCGAGUCUGAGUCUGAAGGCGAGACGAGCGACGAUGACGAAGAUGAUGAACCGACCACGCCUCCGAACGAGUCAUCCGAAGUUGACGAGGCGACGCCAGUCAAGCCGAAGAGCCUCCUCACAUUCGCCGAACGCAUCCGCCGCCGCGAGAUGGAUGCCGUUGAGCAGAUGAAGGUCAUCGAAGCCUGA